CCGGCCCGGCUCCCGCUGCUGCCGCCAGCCCCCGCUGCCUUCUCUUCUCUUCUCUUCUCUUCUCUUCUCUUCUCUUCUCUUCUCUUCUCUUCUCUUCUCUUCUCUUCUCUUCUCUUCUCUUCUCUUCUCUUCUCUUCUCUUCUCUUCUCUUCUCUUCUCUUCUCUUCUCUUCUCUUCUCUUCUCUUCUCUUCUCUUCUCUUCUCUUCUCUUCUCUUCUCUUCUCUUCUCUCUCACGCACAGAGGAUGCGGCGUUUUGCCAAUCCCCAUCACUGACAUGUCCCUGUGAGCGCGUGUGUGCUCGGGGGAGUGUGUCUGUCCGUGUGUGUCCGUCUGUCUGUGCGUGUCCGUGUGUCUGUCCGUGCGCUGCUGCCCAUCCCCGCCAGGCUGACAGCUCCACAGGGCGCGCCCGGGUCGGAGCCGGGCUCCAGGUGCCACUUGGGGUGGUGCGGUGUCUGUGCAGGCUGCGGGUUGGAUUUCCAGCAAGCUUCGCACCCCGGAGAAAAGAGGAGCUGAUGUGAGAGAGGAGAAAUGGAUACGUCCAUGGUGGGAAGGUGCCGUGUGCCCCAGCUCCUGGUUCUUCUCACGUUGGUGCUCAGCGGGGAGAGAACCGCGGCACAGAGAGCAGGUUGCAAGAGCGUUCACUACGACCUUGUCUUCCUCUUGGACGCCUCCUCCAGCGUUGGAAAAGAAGAUUUUGAGAAAGUUCGUCAGUGGGUGUCCAAUUUGGUGGAAACCUUUGAGAUUGGCCCAGACAAGACCCGAGUGGGGGUGGUGCGGUACAGCGACCGGCCGAGCACAGAGUUCGACCUGGGCAAGCACAGAACCCGUGAGCAGAUCAAGGAGGCUGCACGACAGAUCCAGUACUAUGGGGGCAACACCAACACUGGAGAUGCUCUCAGAUACAUCACCACCUACAGUUUUUCCAAAGAAGCCGGUGGGAGACUUAGUGAUCGAACUGUUAAAAAAGUGGCCAUCCUUUUGACUGAUGGAAGGAGCCAGGAUUUUGUCUUGGAUCCAGCCACUGCAGCCCAUCAGGCUGGGAUUAGGAUUUUUGCUGUGGGUGUUGGAGAAGCCUUAAAAGAGGAACUUGAUGAGAUUGCUUCAGAGCCCAAGUCUGCUCACGUGUUUCAUGUCUCUGAUUACAACGCCAUCGAUAAAAUUCGGGGGAAGCUGAGGAGGCGUCUCUGUGAGAAUGUCCUAUGCCCAAAUGUCCACGUGGAAGGAGACCGGUUCAAACACACCAAUGGGGGCACUGAUGAGAUCCCAGGAUUUGACCUGAUGGAUUCAUUCAGUGUGAAGCAGAUUUUUGGAAUGAAAGAAGAUGGGGUUCAGAGUGCUUAUGUACGGCUUGGAAGCUUUCCUGUUGUUCAGAAAACUGAGGAUGUAUUUCCACAAGGCCUGCCUGAUGAAUAUGCCUUUGUAACUACCUUCAAAUUCCGGAAGGCUUCCAGGAAGGAGGACUGGUAUAUCUGGCAGAUUAUUGACAAGUAUGGCAUACCACAGGUGUCCAUCAGGCUGGAUGGGGAGAACAAGGCUCUGGAGUACAACGCCGUGGGGCUCACCAGGGACGCCGUCAGGGUGGUGUUCCGCAACGCGCGCGUCAGCGACCUGUUCGACCGCGGCUGGCACAAAAUCGCCCUCAGCAUCCAGGCCAAGGCUGUCUCCCUGUACAUAGACUGCAAGCUGGUCCAGGUGCUGCCCAUUGAGGACAGGGAGAACAUUGACAUUCAAGGAAAGACUGUGAUUGGCAAACGCUUGUAUGACAGCGUCCCCAUUGAUUUUGAUCUUCAGAGGAUGGUGAUUUACUGUGACUCCAGGCACGCCGAGCUGGAGACCUGCUGCGACAUUCCCUCUGGACCAUGCCAGGUCACGGUCUUGACGGAAGCACCUCCCCUGGAAGUGAGGCCCACUGUUGGCAGUGAGCAAGUUGGACAUCUCAAGAUUUUCAACUGCUCCUGUCCUCCUGGACAAAAGGGGGAGAGGGGUCCACUUGGCUUUGAAGGUCCCAAGGGUCAAAAGGGAGAAAGAGGCAUCCCAGGGCUUCCUGGACUCCGAGGAGAAAAAGGAGAGUCAGGCAAAGCCUAUGGCAUAGGAGAGAAAGGAGAAAAGGGUGAAGAAGGCUUUCCUGGCUUUCCUGGACUGAAAGGGGACAAAGGAGAAAAAGGUUCCCUGGGCUCACCUGGCCCCCCUGGGAGGGAUGGAGCAAAAGGAGACACUGGUGAACGAGGACAUCCAGGAGCCUUUGGACUGCCUGGGCCACCAGGUCCAAAGGGAUCCGAGGGAAAACAGGGUCCUCCAGGCAUCAAAGGCUACGUAGGAGCACCGGGUCUACAAGGAGAAAGAGGAGAAAAGGGAACACGAGGAGACAAGGGAGACAGAGGCCUGGAUGGAUUCCCUGGAAAGCCAGGUCUGGAGGGGAAACAGGGCCCUCCUGGCAGCCCUGGCCCUCCUGGUGCUAGUGGGACCAAAGGAGACAAGGGUGAACCAGGACUUCCAGGAUUGCCUGGCACUAAAGUGCAUAUUGAAGGCCUAAAAGGAGAGGAAGGAAAGCCUGGGCCACGAGGACCACAAGGCCACCCUGGACUUCCUGGACCUCCAGGAGAGCCUGGUCUGGAAGGCAAGCCUGGAAUCCCUGGUUUGCCAGGUCAAAGGGGCAAAAAGGGAGAACCAGGAUUCCCAGGAAUCAAUGGUCUGAUUGGCCCUCAGGGACCUCCAGGGCCCCCAGGCACUGCUGGACCCCCGGGACCACCUGGGCCACCAGGACUACCAGGGGAGAUUGGAGUUUCUGGUAGAACUGGACCACCUGGACCACCUGGGCUGCCUGGCAAAGAUGGACUCAGUGGGCUUCCUGGGCUUCCAGGUCAAAAGGGAGAACGAGGGGAAAAGGGUGAGGAAGGCUUUCCUGGAACAGCUGGCCCUAAGGGUGAACCAGGGAUCCGUGGCCAACCUGGUGAGCAGGGUGAAGCAGGUUUUCCUGGUCCUAGGGGCUUACCUGGACUGAAAGGAGAAAAAGGAGACCGGGGAGAAAAAGGAAGAGAUGGUCUCCCAGCAAUGAAAGGUGAAAGGGGAGAAAAAGGUGACACAGGUUCCCCUGGACCCCCAGGCUUACCUGGAACACCAGCCUUCUUCACCCCACAUCCCAGGAUUCCUGGUGAACCUGGACCAAAAGGGGACAAAGGAGAUCGAGGCAUGACUGGAGAAACUGGAUUACCUGGGGUCCCAGGUGAGCAAGGUGUGCCAGGACCUGCAGGAGUACAGGGUGCAAAGGGGGAGAAAGGAGCCCGAGGAGAGGCUGGAGCCCCUGGAGAGACUGGUUUGAGUGGACCAGCAGGGCCCCCAGGUCCAAGAGGCUUGCCAGGAAAUGUGGGUGUGCCUGGAGGCCCUGGACUCCCAGGAAAGGCAGGAGAAAAAGGGGAAAAGGGUGAUCCUGGAAAAGAAGGAAAAGUGGGUUUACCUGGGCCGCCUGGUGGGCCAGGGCGUCCUGGAGAGCCAGGUUUGCCUGGGAAGGGUAAAGAUGGAGAAAAGGGGGAAAGAGGACCACCAGGCUUGCCAGGACCCUUUGGACAUAAGGGUGAGAGGGGAGCUCCUGGCCUCCCUGGACAGCCAGGAGACAGAGGAGUGCCAGGAAUUGGCCUGGCUGGACCCCCUGGCCCUGCAGGACCCCCAGGAGACAAAGGGUCACUGGGUCCCCGUGGUGUGCCUGGGAUCCCUGGACCACAGGGGCCUCCUGGCCAGGAUGGUGUACCUGGAAAUCCAGGGGAAAGAGGACCUCCUGGAAAACCCGGUUCCCCACCCAUGCUUACUCCAGAAGACAUAAAUCUGCUGGUAAAGGAUGUGUGCAGUGAGUGCCCUCCUGGCCCUCCAGGACUGCCAGGCAUCCCAGGUUUCAAAGGGGAUAAAGGUCUCCGAGGACCACCAGGGAGAGAUGGCCAGGAUGGGAAAACGGGGAUUCCUGGUCCCAGAGGUCCUCCAGGCCCACCUGGGCUCGAUGGCCCAAAGGGUGCUAAAGGAGACCGUGGUAUGACUGGGGAAGUAGGAGAAAAAGGUGAACAGGGCCACCCUGGAAUGCCUGGCUUCUCAGGGGCUCCUGGAAACCCUGGUCCACCUGGAUCAGAUGGGGCACCAGGACCAAUAGGACCAGCAGGAAACCCAGGAGACAUGGGCAAAGAUGGUCCCCCAGGUCCACAGGGCCCACCAGGGCUGCCUGGACUUCCAGGCAUUGCUGGGAAUGAUGGCAAAGAUGGCAAACCAGGAUCUCUGGGGGAGCCGGGAAAGCCUGGAGAACAAGGGCUCCCAGGCCGGGAGGGUGCCAGAGGAUUGCCGGGUUUCAAAGGACAGAGAGGAGAUACAGGUCCCCCAGGUCCCCGGGGGGAGCCAGGUGUGACGGGUCCUGCUGGUCGUGAGGGGCCACCAGGGAAAGAUGGUGAUCCUGGUCCCAUAGGACCACAGGGCCCUCGAGGGCUCCGAGGGCAGCCGGGCAAAAAUGGAGUGCCUGGAUCUGCAGGAGAACCUGGCCCAGCUGGUAUCCCAGGUCCCAAAGGAAAUAAAGGAGAAACAGGCAGCCCAGGACUCCCUGGCUUUAUAGGACCCCGAGGACCACCUGGAGAACCAGGAGAGAAAGGUCCUCCUGGAAAAGAGGGCACACCAGGGAAACAGGGUGCAAUUGGCUCCAAAGGAGAGAGGGGAGAGCCUGGCAUCAAAGGUGAAAAAGGUCUUCGAGGAGAAAAGGGUCCUCCAGGUGAUCCUGGGAUACCUGGUCACAAGGGCCAUCCGGGACUGAUGGGUCCCCAUGGACCUCCAGGAGACACUGGGCAAGUUGGUCCUCCCGGUCCUCCGGGGCAGCCAGGAUUUCCAGGACCAAGGGGAGAGCCCCCAUCUCUAGAGACUUUGAGGAGACUUAUCCAAGAGGAGUUAUCCAAACAGCUAGAUGCAAAGUUACCCUACAUCCUGGCUCAGAUACAGCCUGCACAGGUAAAAGCAUCCCAUGGCAGACCAGGACCUCCUGGUCCCCCUGGGAAGGAAGGACUCCCAGGAAGAACUGGCCCUCCGGGAGAGCCUGGCCGGCCUGGACAGACUGGGUCUGAAGGGCCACCUGGACCAAUUGGUCCCAAAGGAGAAAGAGGAGCAAAGGGUGAAAAAGGAGACACUGGCAUUGGUCAACGAGGGGAAAUGGGUCCCCCAGGAAUUCCAGGCCUCCCAGGGGAGCCUGGUUAUGCCAAAGAUGGGAUGCCAGGACCUCCUGGCCCUCAAGGUGAAGCUGGUGUGCCAGGUCUGGCAGGUCCCCAGGGGCCCCCGGGGGCCAAUGGACAGUGUGACCCCUCUCAGUGCGCUUACUAUGCAAGCCUGGCUGCCCGGCCUUCCAAUGUCAAAGGGCCAUAGUGUGCAGAGAGCACCCCCAGACUUGUUUUGAAAACUUGAAUUCCUCACACCUGCCAAGAGCUCUCCAGUGUCUUCAGCUGCGUUUCUUUCGCAGGAGGCCUUCUAAAGCCAACAAAUGCUGCCGGUCGGUCAGAUUAUUUUUAUGAAUUAUAAUAAUAAUUAUUAUUAUUAUCUUUGAUGU